GGGGUUUGUAGGAAUACGGGUGGAGAACAAAAUAACGCCCGAGCUGGAGAAGGCCUGCUGCUGUUUUCAGUAGGGAAACAGGGGAAGAAAAAUGGCGGCUGUGUGCGACCCGGAGCGGGACACCGGCCAUUCCGUUCGAGCUUUCUCCCGUUAAUCGAGUCCGCUGCUUUGUCGGACUUUUGGAAACUAGUUUAUGGAAGGGUGGGCUCGGAGUUUAUUGAUAAUUGCGUGCUUUUGUGAGAUUUUUUUCUGUAGGACUCGUGGCGCGAAAGAAGGCUGUAAAUAAAGAGAAAACAAUAAUAAAAUAUUGUAACACAUCCUGCUACAAAAAAAAUGAGAGGAAGAAGAGGAAGGCCGGCUGUUCGGGGACCAGUGCCGGAGGAGGCAUCUCCAGCGGCGGCGCGAGGCAGUCGAGGCGGCCGGGGCAGAGGCAGGGGCAGAGGAAGGGGCAGAGGACUGUGGACGCUGGACUGUGAGGUGGAUGAAAACUACCAGCCAUCGAAAAGGGGGCGACGGAGAGGAGGCUCGUUACCGAGGGGCAGAGGAGGCAGAGGCAGCGGCAGCAGGGGUAAAAGAGGAGGAGGAGGAGGAGGAGGAGGAGGAAGGCGCAAAACAUUGAGUAAAAUAAUCUACGACGACCACGAGAGCAGCAACGAGGAGGAAGAGGACGCCGUGAGUUUACAGUCCGAGGGAGACCAGGACGACUUUCUCCGCCGCUCUGACGAUGAUGCGGAUUAUGAAGAAGAUGAUGAUGAAGAAGAAGAAGAGCAUUUACAUGGUGAUGAAGAUGGUGAUGAUGAUGAUGGCUCUGACUAUGUGGAAGAAUUACCGGAGGAGGAGGAGGACGACGCGAGCUGCAGUAGCUUGCAGAGCCGGAGCAGCACCUGCGGGGACGCACCGGGUCGCAAGAGAACUCGUGUGCAUCGUCCGUGUGCCCCUGUCUUCGAGGAGAAGAAUGUCCCCCCUCUGGAGCUCCCCAAGUCAUCUGACGACGUGCUGGUGCCAGCGACGCACCUCCUCACGGCAGCCUCCAUCUAUGAGGUGCUGCGGAACUUCAGCACGGUGUUGCGGCUCUCUCCGUUCCGCUUUGAGGACUUCUGCGCAGCUCUGUCGGGACAGGAUCAGUGCACGCUGCUGGCCGAGACGCACAUCUCGCUAAUGAAGGCCAUCCUGCGCGAGGAGGACACGGCUAACACAAGCUUCGGCCCAGCAGAUCUGAAGGACAGCGUGAACUCAACGCUCUAUUUCAUGGAUGGGAUGACGUGGCCCGAGGUGGUGCGGGCCUACUGCGAGAGUGACCUGGAGUACCAGCAUGUUCUGAGCAUCCAGAACCAAGACGACUUCCCCUACGAACCUCUCGAGAGCAAGCUGAAAGUCCUGCAGUUCCUGGUGGAUCAGUACUUGGCGACCAACGUGGCGCGGGAGGAGCUGAUGUCAGAGGGCGUGGUCACGUACGACGAUCACUGCCGCGUAUGCCAUCACCUCGGCGACCUACUGUGCUGCGAGACUUGCUCUGCUGUCUAUCACCUGGAGUGUGUGAAGCCACCACUGCUCCAGGUGCCCGAGGAGGAGUGGCAGUGUGAGGUGUGUGUAGCUCACCGGGUGCCAGGUGUGGGUGACAGUGUCACAGAGAGCCAGAAGACCCGCCCCUACAUCAGACACGAGCCGAUCGGAUUCGACCGUCACCAGAGGAAAUACUGGUUCCUAAACCGAAGGAUCAUAGUUGAGGAGGACGGUGAGCACGAGAACAAGACCAUCUGGUAUUACAGUACCAAGGUGCAGCUGGCUGAGCUAUUAGACGUGCUGGAUAAGACGUACUGGGAGAAACAGCUGUGCGCCACACUGGAGGAACUACGAGACGAGAUCCACACACACAUGGACAUCACGGAGGAGCUCACAAACAAAUCCCGAGGCAAUAACAAGUCUUAUCUGACCGCAGCUAAUGAGGAGAUCCUGGAGCGUGUGAGAGCCAAGCAGGAGCAGGAGAUGGAGCAGGUGAAGAGGAAAGCUGCAGAGGAGCUGCAGAAAUCCAAAAGGGAGGAAUCGCAGGAGCAGCUGUCCAAUGCUGAGAAAGAGGAGUCUGAGGCCACUGAAGACAAACCCCUACAGGCCCAAACAGGCACCGAGGAGGCCAGCCCUGCAGCUGGGGGGUCCUGUGAUUCAGAGUCCCCGGGGGCUUCUGUGUCCUCCGUCCCCCAGCUGCUGGGGCCUUCUGAUGGGUCAGCUGAGCUCAAUGAGCCCCAGAAAGGGAGCGGUCUGGAGGACCUGCCCGAGAUGGCAGAUACAUCCCCAAGUUCAGGCGCCAAUGUUGAGGAAGGGCCCCUGUCCCCACAGACUGCUGAUGAGAACAGCAGAGGCAGUCUAAAAGGAGGAGACGAUCCAGAUGCUGCGGGGAAAGCUUGCAUCUCCAGCCAGGAUGAGAAGGGUGAAUUGAAGGAGAAAGGAAGCGGUGAGACGCCGAUAGGAAUGCAUGGGACAUUGGCAGCCACACGCAUGGUGACACGCCUGCGCAACCCAGACAGCAAACUGAGUCAGCAGAAGAGCCAGCAGGUGGCAGCAGCGCUCCAUGAGUCUUACAGAGUGUUCAAGGAGGGAAAAGAUGUUCUAAUGGUAAGCCAGCAAGCAGAAGUAGCCCGUCUCAACUCGCGCAGUACCAAAGACCUGGUCAUGAAGGGUUCCACAGGUUCCUACUUCCGCCUGGGUCAGGAAGGCAAGUACCGUGUCUACCAGAACCAGUAUAGCACCAACACUCUGGCGCUCAACAAGCACCAGCACCGAGAGGACCACGACAAGCGCAGACACCUUUCACACAAGUUCUGCCUGACCCCUGCUGGAGACUUCAAAUGGAAUGGCUCAAUUUACGGCUCCAGGAUGCUGACCAUGUGCACACUGAGGCUCACUAUCAUCCAGCUGGAGAACAACAUCCCAGCACCAUUUCUGCACCCCAACUGGGACUCACAUAGGGCAAACUGGAGCAAGGCUGUGCAGAUAUGCAACAAGGCAAGGGAGUUUGCUUUGGCUUUAGCCAUCCUUGAGUGUGCCAUCAAACCAGUGGCCAUGCUGCCUGUGUGGAAGGACUCACUGGGGCACACACGUCUGCACCGUAUGACGUCUCUUGAGCGGGAGGAGAAGGAGAAGGUGAGGAAGAGAGAGAAAAAGCUGGAGGAAGAGGAGACCAUGCAGCAGGCCACUUGGGUCAAAUACACCUUCCGUAUUAAACAUCAGGUUUGGAAACAGAAAGGAGAGGAGUACAGGGUGACUGGUUAUGGGGGUUGGUGCUGGAUCAGCAAGACUCGCAUCCAUCGAUUUGUCCCAAGGCUUCCCGGGAACACCAACGCCAACUACCGGCAAGAGAUAGAGGCUGGCAAGAGCAUCAAAAAUCCUGGAGACUCUAAUAUCGCAAAAAGUCUUGAAAUGUCUGAGAGCAGCAGAGCAGAGGAGGAGGAUAAAAGAAAGACAGAUCAAAUGAAAGAAGACUGGAAGAAGGAAGAAGAGGUGGACAUUGACGCGAAAGCACCUGUGUUUGCUGCGGGCAGAGACCAUGCCGGUUCAGAUGAUGCCACUGUUAAGCAGGAAAAGGAAGGACCCAAACCUUUCUUCUAUGACGUGGUCAAUGUGAGUGAGGGCUUCCUGCUCCGCACAGCGUACAAGAAGAAGGUCAAUCCUGCCAAACUGGAUGAGCUGCUUGAGCACCGGGUCAAGCAACAGGCCAUCGAGGAAAGACAGAAGAAGUCAGCUAUUUGUGCCAAUCCUAAGGUUGUGAUCCAGAGGCUCAAGUUUAAAAUGGAGCCACAUGGAGCGGUAGCGUGCAUACAGCCUGAGGUUAAAUCAGAGGUCAAGAAGGGGAUUACGGGCACGCAGGAGUCAACCAAAGAGCCCGUUUUAUCUUUGGAACAUUCUGUUAGCCAGGAAGCCGGGACAAAUGGGUCAACAGGUGAGUGUAUAGGGCAAGUAGAGCCUGAUGGAGGCAGUACUGGUAUUCAAAAGACUACGCCACUUUUCUCAGGGGACACUCAAUGUGUUAAUAUGGAUAACACAAGCCAGAGUGAAAGCGGUGCUGUUAUCUCAUCCACUGGAGGCAGCAGUGAGCAAAAAUUAAUUGGCACAGUGAACCAGCAAACAAGCGUAAGUACACCAGCACAAGUGAAUAACGUGGCAUCAUUAGGAGAGAAUGGGGAUGGGUACAGGGAACAGGAGAGCAAAGGGCAUAGUCCUCUUUUCUUGCAAAUGAAUGGACAGGAUGUUAAGGAACCAGGUACCGAGGACACUCUGACCAAUAGUGUGGUGAACAAGGUGAAUGACAGGAGGACAGAGGACGAUAAGAAGGCUCUGUCGCUCAAGGAUCCCCUGAAACCUUUAGUGAAUGGAAGUAGUGUUCUGGGUGGGGAUCUCGAGAGAAUCAGCAGCUCAGACACCGCAGGGGGAAACCCAGAGUACCUCCCCCCACAGAAGGUGCCCCGUCUUGGCGUCACUGUCGAGGAUCUGGCCCUAUCCUCUCCAACCAUCCCCAAGUCAGAGCCUGCACUGGAUAGCAAAGAGCACAACAGCAUGGAAGCCAGGUUGGACGGGGUUGACAAAGUGUCCCAGAGGACAAUCGUUCCGUCUCCGGUGCUCUCAGCGGAGGAAUCAAGUCUCAGCAAUGAUUUUGUAGAGAGCAACUGCCGCAUGGGUUCUCACACAACAACGGUGGUCACUCAAGUUACUACCACCAUAACAUCCACCACUGAGUCUCAGGCGAUUAGCAGUGGUACAAUGACCGAGAGCAACACCGUUUCCACCCUCACUACCACAACCAAAACCACAGUGACACAGGAAACAAAAACCACCAUGGCACCUUCAUCAACGGAAAGCUCAUCCCCAGUAGUCUCCAAGGCAAUAACGCGGGUGCAGUCCACACGAGAACGGGUGCAGCUCAUUCGCUUUUCUCGCACCAAGAAGGUGCGAUCUGAAACAGCCCUUCCAACUUACCGCAAGUUUUCCACCAAGAACUGCAAGAAGAGCAUCUUCAUUCUUCCCAGUGAAGAGCUCAAGAAGCUGGCACGCAAGGGUGGCUUUAGGGAAGUGUCAGUUUUCAGCUACACUGCCAAACCAGCCUCAGACAUCUGGCCAUACCCAUCUCCCAGACCCACAUUCGGCAUCACCUGGAGGUAUCGUCUCCAGACUGUGAAUUCGUUAGCAGGGGUGAGUCUGAUGUUGCGGCUUCUUUGGGCAUGUCUUCGCUGGGAUGACAUGGCUGUUAAACCUUCCUCUAAUGCUGGGACUACACGCACAGAAACAUCCGAGACUGAGAUCACCACCACAGAGAUCAUCAAGCGCAGAGACGUCGGCCCUUACGGUAUCCGGUCAGAAUACUGCAUACGGAAGAUCAUCUGUCCUCUUGGUGUCCCUGAGACGCCUAGAGCAGAGACGUGCACGCCGCAGAGGAAAGGCUUACGCUCCAGCGCUCUGCGGCCCAAACGCCCUGAGCCUGGCAAGCACGAUGGCCCAAUCAUCACCGAAACCUGGGUGCCUGAAGAAGAUCUCCACUUGUGGGAAAUCCGAGCAUUUGCAGAACGAGCGGAAAGGGAGAAAGCCCAGGCAGCAGAGCAGGCCAGGGUUAGCGCUCGGAGGAAAGCGUUGGAGCUUCAGCAACAGAAACGUCAGGAACAAAAGGAACAAAAGCAGCAAGCCGCUGCAGCCUCCACUCCUUCGGCCAGCCCUGCCACCCCCAGCACUCCCAAAACGACAGCAGCGUCCCUCACCAGCCAGGUCACACCUGGAACCAAAGUGGUACUGGCCACCAAGAUGGGCACGCCGGUCACAUUCCAGCAAAAUAAAAACUUCCAGCAAACAUUUGCUACCUGGGUCCAAGGUCAAGUGUCCAGCAGCACUGUUACCACCGUUUCCACGACGACGGGGCAGACCUUCCAGAUCUCAGGCAGUCCAGUGUCUGUAACUGGCAAAGUCAUCCCACUUCCCGCCAACAGCAAGAUCGUCACACUCAGUGUGCCCAACAUGCAAGGAGGUGUACAGCAGAAGGUUGUUGGCAUCAUUCCAUCUGGUACGACAGGCAGCCAACAAACCAUCACCGCACUUCAGCCCAACACAACUACAGUCAACAUCGCAGCCAAGGCACAGGGAACAGCUACACAACAGGUGAUCACGACUGGAGGACAGCUAAGGACGGGGAUGACGGUAUUACGAACGCCUACACAGCAAGGAGCUGCUCUGGGGAAAACCAUCCUCAGAACACCGAUAGUGGUGCAACAAGGUCAGGGUGGUAAGGUGGUGACCCAGAUCAUCCAGGGACAGCCUGGCAGCCCUGCGAGCGGCACACAGAUCCGGGGCGCAACCACGCAAACUGCGGCCAGCCCCAGAGCACCCCAGGGUCCGGUCAAACUAACCCUCGCUCAGCUCACCCAGCUCAGUCAGGGGACACAGAAGCAGCAGGGAGCAGCAGUGGAAAGCCAGCCGGGGGUAACUGUGAUGGUGCAGGGUCAGGGUCAGACAGCAGGUCAGCUGCAGGUCAUCCCUCCUGGCGUGACCGUGAUCCCGGGAGCUGGCCAGCAGCUCAUGCAGGCCGUCUUACCUAACGGCCAGGUGCAGCGUUUCCUGUUCACGCCCACUCCUGCUUCACCUUCCACACCAGGUCAAACUCAGCCUGCUCUCAAGACAUGCACUCCCACCCCGGCUCAGCCAGUGCAGGCCGGUGCUUUCGCCCCUCGCACGCCACCAAUGACCCACAAGGCCCAAAUGCCAAUCCAGUCUCCUGCCCCUCUACAGGCCAAAGCUACGGUGAACCAGAUGGCUGUAAAACAGCAGCAGGUGAGGCCCCAGGUGCAGCUCCACCAGGGGGCCCAGGUCAUUGCAGUGCCAGGGUUACAGUUCCAGCCUGAGCAGACAGUUAAACUCCACUUGCCCGUGCAGAUCCAGCAGCAGGCUGGUGCAGCAUGCCAAGCAGGCGUAAAGUCCCAACAGGUCCAGAACGUGGUGACGUUACAGACAGCCAGCGUCCAGGAGCAGCUCCAGAGGAUCCAGCAGCUCCGUGAGCAGCAGCAGCAGAAGAAACGGCAGCAGCAGGAGGCAAAGAGGGAGCAGCAGCAGCAGGCCAUCAGCCAGAGCGACCUUAUCCAAAAACAGGUGGUGAUGAAGCAGAACGCAGCGAUUGAACAGCUGAAACAGAAGAAGGCCAUGACCCCUGCAGAACGAGAAGAGAACCAGAGGAUGAUCGUGUGUAACCAGGUGAUGAAGUUCAUCCUGGACAAGAUCGACAAGGACGAGCGGCAGGCAGCGAGGAAGCGGAAACGAGAGGAGACAGUGGAGCAAAAGCGCAGCAAGCAGAUGGCCGUUAAGCUCUCAGCCCUGCUCUUUAAACACAAAGAACAGCUUAAAGCGGAGAUCCUGAAGAAGAGAGCGCUGCUGGACAGACAGCUGCAGCUGGAGGUGCAGGAGGAGUUGAGGCGAGAUUUGGAGAAGAUCUGUCGGGAAAGACAACAAGCUCAAGCCGCCGCCGCCGCUGCCGCCGCCGCUGCUGCUGCCCAGGUCACAAGCACAACAUCGCCAUCAACUUACAAACGCAAAUAUGAGGACGAGAACGCGGCCAAAUCGAAGAAAAAGAAGAUGAUCACAACUACCUCAAGAGAAACCAAGAAGGACACAAAGCUGUACUGCAUCUGCAAGACGCCGUACGACGAGACCAAGUUUUAUAUAGGCUGUGAUUUGUGCACAAACUGGUACCAUGGUGACUGCGUGGGCAUCACAGAGAAGGAGGCGAAGAAGAUGGACGACUACAUCUGUGCAGAGUGUAAACAAGUGCAAGAGGGAACUACAGAGGAGCUCUACUGCAUCUGCAGAACUCCUUACGAUGAAGCUCAGUUUUACAUCGGCUGUGACCGCUGUCAGAACUGGUAUCACGGCCGCUGCGUGGGGAUCCUGCAGAGCGAGGCGACAUACAUCGACGAGUACAUCUGCCCUCAGUGCCAGUCCACCGAGGACGCCAUGACCGUCCUCACACCACUCACAGAGAAAGACUACGAGGGAUUACGAAGGAUUCUCCGCUCACUACAGGCUCACAAAAUGGCGUGGCCCUUCCUGGAGCCGGUGGACCCUGAAGAUGCCCCUGAUUAUUAUGGAGUAAUAAAGGAGCCUAUGGACCUCUCGACGAUGGAGGAGCGCCUGCUGAAGCGUCACUACAGUAAGCUGACUGAGUACGUAGCAGACAUGACCAGAAUCUUCGAUAACUGUCGAUACUACAACCCCAGCGACUCGCCCUUCUAUCAGUGCGCAGAGGUGCUCGAGACCUUCUUCGUCCAGAAGCUUAAAGCCUUCAAAGCAAGCAGGUCUCAUAACAACAGACUGCAGUCUACAGCUUCCUAAACUACAUUGCUCAUAAGCUCUUUGGUAACUCUGUAACCAGGAAGUUGGUUCUGCUAGGUGAGCUCCUGCUUCCCACAUGGGAACCAGAGACAUGCUGCGCUGGAGCUCCUGCUCUUACAGGAAGUGAGAGAUCAGUGAUGCAGGAUCCAUAACCAUUUCACAGCAAAAAUGGGAAGAACAGAUCAUUAUGGAGGAAGAACACUGUUUGAGAAGCAGAUGUGAAGGAUGAAGGUCUUUUCUAGCAGAGGAUGGACCAUAGCCUGAGGAUGUACCAUAGCCUGAGGAUGUACCAAACUACUCACACUGAUACUUUACAGUGUGUUAAAGCAGAACAUGGGCCAUUAUGCAGCGUUCCAUUGUACUCAAAAUUGGGGUAUUUUAUUUCUAGUUGAAAUGUGUUCUAAAUCCAUUCCAGUUCUUCUUGUUGAGGGGUCUUCAGAGAUUCUGCAGUUGUCCAAAAAUGCAAAAAAGCAUCAUAUUUUGGUCUUUAGUAACCAAAUGUAAUGCAUUUAGUAACCAAAAAUGUAUUUAACAUUUUAAGAGUUUUUCACUGCAUAUUCAAAAACAAGAACCAGCCCAAACAAGAACCAACAGAACUUUGGAUUCUAGGUGUUUUUUUGUUUGUUUGUUUGUGUGUGUGUGUGUGUGUGUGUGUGUGUGUGUGUGUGUGUGUGUGUGUGUGUGUGUGUUGUUUUUUUUUUUGUUUUUUUUAAGCAUCAUGAGACAUGCUGUUAUUGGAAAAUAAUCAAUGUCAGAGUGGUAUGAUCCUCUAACAGCACAUCAUGAAGUGUUUAUUCCUUUUGCAGUUUGCCAAUGAUUACAAUUUUUUAAUUUAUUAAUCAUACUUUUUAAGUAUUUAAAGUUACAUUUAGCAUUUUAGAACAUCCGUGCAACAAGUCUGUUCCUGUUAUUAAAACAAUCUCCUCUUUCCAAAAGAUUUCCCAAUGGUGGAAAACUUGCUGACUGUUACAAAGCGCUGACAAUGGAGACUCCUUCCCUAAAUGUUAAAUAAACACCUUCUGACCACCAGGGCUGUGGUAUAAACAUAUAUACACUGUAAGGAUGUUGACAACGCAUGCCUUUGAUGGCACCUCUUAUGAUCCGCUUUUUGCAAAAUGAAACAUCGCAAAAAGCAGAUCUUGGGCGGGUCUUGAGUAAGAAAACAGCACAAUGGUGCUUUAAUCCUUUUGUUGCUAGCCCCGCCCAGUGAGUAUUGUUAGGGGCUGUUAGUGCCAACCUUGAGCAGGUAUCAAAAACAUUCCACAGCCUUAGUACUGGUUAUUGGAAAAGUACUGGGGCUUUGUGCUGUGGGCGAAAAAAAAAUUCAUUCCUGUUAAACUUUGUAUCUGUGCAUGUAGCACAUCAAGUGCCUCAAGAAAUCUAGUUACUCAACAACACAACACCCUUUUCCCCAAUUUGCAAUUCUCUAACAAAGCUAACGAGAGGACUUAGUAGGCCAUUUCAUGGAAGGUGGAAUACUUUUAUCCAGUAUUGGUAAGCAUACAGCACCCGAAGUUUGUUGCAAAUGGGAACCAAACCCAUUGUUAAAACACAAUUUUGACUGUGAGAUCAGCUGUGACCAAGAUCCAUUUCAACUGGGGUGGAAUGUCUCACUGUUUCUGAGUCAAAGGUUGAGUCCUCAGGUUUGGAGUACAAUGGAACCCAGCAUUACUCUAAGAUUUCUAUUGUUCUGUAAAGUGACCUGCAUAAUUUAUACAAAACUUUUAAACCUGUGUGUCUACUUGUUCCCACUUUUGUAGUCAACUAAACACUGUCACAAUAAUUAGUGGUUUAGAUCAGUGGUAGUUGUUAUUGCCGUCUCAGUAGGUGGACAUUCACAAUCACCAUCAUUUUCAGCAAAACACAACUCCUGGACUUGGAGACUUGGAGCCUGGAAAACAACCCAGAGCUUUAUGGCCAUUUUAAAAAUUUCUGUAUUACAGACCACAGGCCAGAAAAAAUAUGUAUACUUGUUUAUAUAUAUAUAUAAUUUUUUAAUAUAUAAAUGGUCUAUUUUUAGGUAUUUUAUUAUUUUUUUGAGUGAAGCAUUUUACAUUGAGGAAAAGUAAUGCAGAAACAUUUAACAUUUAUAACUGAAGCUAUUUUGAUCAAUGAAAGGAAAGACGGUUCAAAAUCAAAUAAAUGGUUAAUGAAACCUUAAUGUAAAGAUCUUGAAAUGGCUCAGGAGCUUUUGGGACACACAAUGUUCAUGUCAUAAUACCUCCCUCGCCAUUUGAAGAGUCUUAUUGUGUCUGAAUGUGGCUCACUGAGACUGUUUUACUGCUGUUUAAUUUUGACUUCUUAUGGUCAUAUGUGGAGCUCUAUAACCUACACCUCACACAGGCACUCUGUUGGAAUGUAUUUCAAAGGAAUACUUCAGCAGAAAAUCAGAUCGACAUGAUUUCAGCCCUUUCCGUGAAUGUAGUCAAUCAGUGCUACAAGGCUAAUGUAGCUAACAAGUAAACAAAGUCUACCUCACACAAAAUGUUUCCUGUAAAUACAAACCUCAUGCCGUGAAACAUUCUUCAGUAAUGUGGUUUAGUGGACAGUGUGAUGCACUUACCUUAAUCUAUAAACAUGAACAAACCUUCAUGUAGCAAGAAGCUGUAGGUGGAUGGAGGCAGCCAUUUUGAAGAUAUACAGAUGAUAAUGGGGUUGCUUUCUGAAGUUAAAAGAAAACUCCACUCUGUAACACAUUAAAUUGAAUUUUUUCAGAGGGGUUUAGCAAUUCUGGUGAUAAAUUAUUGGUUGGCGGUAUAUUUUCAUUAUUCCUGUCUCAAACAAUCUCAAACACUGUUGCCUCCUAACUGAUUUCAGCAACGUAUAAUGUUAUACUUACUACUGGUUAAUUCAACUAAGAAUUGAGUCAUAAAAUAAAUCUUUGGAUGCUCCUUUUAAAUGUGAACUUCACAUUUUGAUUAUAAAGAUUGAGUCAUUCAGGGUGGAUUUUUCCUUUAAAAUGUGUAAAUACAGGCUGUCCCUGCUGUACUACUAAUUUCACUUCAAUUUAAUUGUAUAACACUUUUAGUAAUAGACACUGUCACAAAGCAGCUUUACAGAAAUCAGAUUCAAAUCAUACAAAUGAGAUACUUUAAUGUUGUUUUGUUGUAAGUAUGUAGGAGAUAGAUUUACAGUACUUGUUAGCAGGAGCUUCAUAGCUGUAGUGCAAAACUAAAGAAACACAUUUCAGAUAUCAGACAUGUCUUGGCUGAUCGACUACAUUUGAGGAAAAUUGUGUGAGACUACAAUUUUUUAUUUUUUUUGGCUAAACUGUUUCUUUAUAUCUCUUCAAGCUGUUGUAUGUGACCUGUAGAUGCAAUAUAAGGUUAAUAACACUUACAAGACCUUGGGCAUUUUAUGUUUUGCAUUUUUUAAAAUUCCUCAUAUUUAAAAAAAAAACACUUCUUGCAUCUUUGAGAUGUAUUUUACCUUACUCAUUUGAGUUUUAUUUACCCAAACCUCUUCUCAGGCAUAAAAGAUGGCUUUUUUUUUUUUUUGCUAGGUAAAACUGUUACUCUGACACUUCAAAAAUUAAGCAAUGGACUAACUAACUGUUUAAACAUUUUAUUAAUGAUUUAAAAAAAAAAAUAACAGCUGUUCAUUUCAUGAAGCAAAUUAGCAAUGUAGCUUAAGCUAGUUGCCUGAUGUGUUAUAAUUAAGUAACUAGUAUUCUUAGCCACCUAGAUAUUUACCUUCUGCCUCUUUUCCACUUUCAUUUGUUCCCUUACGUAGCCAAUCAGAAUUCUUUAUGCCAUUUGAAGAUGUUUGAGUAAAUACAAAGCCUGUGAGCGUUUGCGUUUUGGUGGAAUUAUCCAUUGCAUUAAAAUGCUGCAUAUUGUGUGCGUAAUCAAGGGACAAGUUUGCUAAGGUGUUUUUGUAAAGGCAAACAAAGCCAGUCUUUUCUCGUCAUAAUA